AUGUUGCCGCGCCGCGCCGCCGCUCGGCCCCGCCGCUGCGCUGCCCGGGGGCCGCGCCGGGAGCCGCCCGCCGGCCCGCGGGGCUCAGGGCGCGAGUGUGCGCGGGGGACGGGCCGCGCGCGGGACACAAAAGGGAAUGGACGCGCGGGGGCGACGGGCGGGGAGCCGCGGCCCCACCGAAGGGACCCCGGCCGCCGAGCGGCCUCUACGUCAGCGCCCCGGGUGGCGCCGCCUCCGCCCGCCGGCCUGGGCCGCCGCUCCCGCCGCCGGGAAGGCGGGCUGGGGAACCCUGCGGGGGAGAAGGUGGGUUGGGGGACCCUCCCGGGGGAGAAGACGGGCGGGGGGACCCCGCUGUGGGAGAAGGCGGGUGGAGGGAUCCCGAAGGUGGAAGAUAGGCCGAGGAGGGCCCCCAAGGCUGAAGGUAGACCCAGGGGUCCGCGGGCGCGAAGGAUCCCGCGGACUUCCCUGAUGCUCAGCCCCAGAGGAAGAGGACAGAAGCCCGGGCGGGGAGUGCGCUGGCACGGGCGGGUCAGCUCUGUCAAGAGAGAGCUCCCUGGCAUUUGAGCCCCCCAGGCCCGUGACCUAAGGGGCGAGGAGUACGGGAACCCUGGCCCCCGUGUCCAGGGAGCUGAGCCCCCACGGUGGGGAGGAGAAGCGGAGGUGCGCUCUGAGUGGUCACUUGCACCCUUUUUAGAGGCCUUCCCUGCCCCACCAGCGCUGCAUCCUUGGGGCAUCCGCGCUGGGCGGGGGCCACAUCCCUGCCUGCCCUUCCUCCCUCACCGUCUUUCUCUCCCCAUCCUCCCUCAGCAAAAUCCGCAUCAUGCUGGGAAAUGCGGGCCACCCCUGCUCGGAAUUCCAGAAUCUCGGGAAGGAAAACCCGACCCAGUCUCCUAGCAGCAUCCAUAACAAGGCUCCUUAGCCCCUCGGCCCCUCACCAUCACCGCCCACUUGCUGCUGCCAAGGGGCUGUUUGCUCCACGGCAGGCGGCUCAAUUAAGGUCCUUCCUCCGACUGAGCAAAAACCCGCCCUCAGAGUCAGCCACCCACCCCCAACAAGUGACCCCGUGGAUACAGACUCAGGGCAGUGCCCAAAGAACUGGGUAUUGGGGAAGGGGACAGAGGAAGAAGUAGCUGGCCAUAGAGGGAGAGGAAAGAGCAAGAGACCCCCAGCUCCCACACCUCUGGGUUGGCCAGGAUGGCCUGCAAUAGGCCUUCCUACCUGAAUUCCGGUUGUCACUGGUUGCCUUCCUCCAGGGUGAAAGCCUGGAAUUUUUUUUUUUUUUUUUACAUACUAAAGUUCUGGGAAAGAAGUAACUCUUAAGCCGUUGUCUACUAUUAUAUAUUAUGCUCAGCCUGAAGGUUGAGAGCCCAAAAGGAGGGUUUCAGGUGAGUGGUGCCCACUUCCUUGAUGGACACACUCUCUCCCUCGCCCUUACAGCAGUACUAAAGCAGUCAGGUGAGCAGUGCCCAGAUGAAGCUGGAAACUUCUAGAGGCUGCUGUGGUGCAGGGGAAGCUGCCCUGAUGUGGGUAGCCCCCCAUCCCUUUACACUCCUAUUAGCCUGUUUACAAACAAUGAGGGUAGUUUGCCAACAUUUAGCAAAUGCUUUUACCAGGACAGAGCCCUGGGCUCGGUUCUUCAUGAGGUUUUACCAGUACCCAGCCAGAUAUUUGUCGGCACUUAGCAAAUGCCUGGGUCAUGAUGGCUAUUAAUGCAUACUCAGGACUCUCCUUUGGUGCCUUUAGGUAUUGGUAUUGGUGCCAUUUCACAGAAGUGAAAACUGAGGCGCUAAGCAAUUAAACACCUAGCUGGACAGAGGAUGUCUGCUCCCCGGUGAGACGGCAGAGGGUGGGAGCCAGUGAGGAGCCCUCGGCUGAUCUCCAAGUCCUGGGUCUGUGCUCCCUGCCCCGCAGCCACCGCACAGAAUGUGUCUGGAGAAGCUCCGCCUCCCCUCUAGUCGUUCAGGGGUGUCCACCCCACCCACCUCCCAGCCCUGCCCUCCAGAUGGUCUUCUGUGCCCACCUGCACCUCCUGUGCUCC